AUGUCACCUUGGCAAAUCUCGGCCGCGCUCUGCCGUGGACCCGGCCAGCUGAGGCCACCACUUCAUACGACGCCCAGUGAUGACGUAGCUGUGUCUGACAACCUCCAGCAUAGCUUUACUGCUACAAUUGAGGCCUAUUUCUUAGCUUAUAUGAGCCCAAGGGAUAUUGGAGUUGGAAACUCGGCGGAUAUAUCAGCCCUUGCUCUGCUGCAGUGGCGCAACUCUUUUCCCAGAACGUUUAGAUGUGUUAUAGGCUUCUGGGUUACUCAGUUAGUUGCUGGCAAAUUCUGUCCGAAUGGCCUACCUGAGCUAAAAUAG